AUGGAUCAUCACAAUGCUUCCUCACAAUCAAAAGCAUUGUAUUCAUCACUCUAUGGAGAAGCUCUCACAAAGAGUCUUUUGUAUUUCGAAGCUCAACGUUCUGGAAAAUUGCCACCGAACCAAAGAGUUAGUUGGAGAGGAGAUUCUGCACUUAGAGAUGGUUCUGAUGCUCAUAUUGAUCUAACCGGAGGGUAUUACGAUGCUGGAGACAAUAUGAAGUUUGGAUUUCCUUUGGCGUUCACUACAACAAUGUUAGCUUGGAGCAGUGUAGAGAUGGCAUCGCAACUUAAGGCCCGCGAGGAGCACGAAAACGUUCUCGCGGCUCUUAAGUGGGCCACGGACUAUCUCAUUAAAGCCCAUCCCGAACCAAAUGUCCUAUACGGACAAGUGGGAGAUGCUAACUCGGACCAUGCGUGUUGGAUGAGACCUGAAGAUAUGACAACUCCGCGUCCUUCAUAUCGCAUCGAUGCUCAGCAUCCUGGUGCUGAUUUGGCAGGCGAGACAUCUGCUGCUAUGGCGGCAGCUUCUUUGGCCUUUGAGCCUUUUAACGUAGCUUACGCGAAAACUCUCAUUGAUCACGCGAGAGAUCUAUUUGAAUUCGGUAAAGAUCACCCCGGGGUUUAUCAAAGCUCCAUUCCUAACGCGGCUGGCUUUUACCCGAGCAGUGGUUAUGAAGAUGAGUUGUUGUGGGCCGCGGCUUGGCUUCACCGAGCCACCGGAGACCAGACUUAUCUCGAUUAUCUAACACAAGCUUCGGGUAGCGGAGGUGCGAGGUUCGUUUUUGCAUGGGAUGAUAAAUUCUUGGGUGCACAAGUCUUGGUCUCCAAGCUUGUGUUUGAAGGGAAAGUGAAGAACGAAGGGAAGAUCGCAGAGUACAAGAGUAUGGCGGAGCAAUUCAUCUGCAAUUGUGCUCAAAAGGGUUUCAAUAACGUUAAGAAGACUCCGGGAGGUUUGCUCUGGUUCUUGCCGUGGGACAACCUCCAGUACACAACUACUGCUUCUUUCGUCUUAGCCACUUAUGCUAAAUACCUUGAGGUUUCACAAGCAUCCGUCCAGUGCCCCAAUGGUGUCCUUCAAGCUUCUGAUCUUCUCGAACUCGCUCGAGCUCAGGUAGACUACAUACUUGGAUCAAACCCCAAGAGCAUGAGUUACAUGGUCGGAUUAGGGACCAAUUAUCCUAAAAGACCACACCAUAGAGGAGCCUCUAUAGUGUCAAUCAAGAAAGAUGCUAAACCAAUGGCAUGCAAUGAAGGGUUUCAAGCUUGGUACAACAAUCCUAAUCCGAACCCUAAUGUUUUGGUUGGAGCAAUUGUUGGUGGACCGGACGAGAAUGAUGCUUAUGACGAUGAACGGUCUGAUUUUCAGCACGGCGAGCCUGAUACCGUCACGGUUGCUCCUAUGGUCGGUGUUUUGGCUGCCAUUGCAUGA